AUGGGAAAGACAAAGUCAACAAAAAAGUUCGCGCUGGUUAAGCGCAUGAUCAACCCCAGCGACGCCCGUCUCAAGGUCAACCAGGAGAAGCUCAAGAAGAAGGAGGAGGAGAAAGAAAAGAAGGUUGUCCGUCACAUUCCACAGGUGGCAUCGUCAAUGUUCUUCAACUACAACUCGGCUCUUGGACCCCCAUACCGGAUCCUGGUCGACACAAACUUCAUCAACUUCUCCAUCCAGAACAAGAUCGAGCUCGUCAAGGGCAUGAUGGACUGCCUCUACGCAAAAUCAAUCCCCUGCAUUACCGACUGUGUCAUGGCUGAACUCGAGAAACUCGGACCCAAAUUCAAGGUCGCCCUCCGUGUCGCUCGUGACCCCCGGUUUGAACGUCUGCCCUGCACGCAUAAGGGUACCUAUGCAGAUGACUGUCUAAUCGAACGUGUGAUGCAGCACAAGUGUUAUAUUGUUGCGACCUGUGAUCGCGAUUUGAAGAGGAGGAUAAGAAAGAUCCCGGGUAUCCCAAUCAUGUACCUUUCGCAGAGGAAGUAUACGAUUGAGCGACUCCCAGAAGCUUACGGCGCACCCACCAACUAA